AUGAGUGAGGAGCAGGGGUCUAGGUUCCCGAAGCAUCUCACCUUCCUGCACCGUUUGUCUUUCCAGGUGCUGCUGUCAGGACUCAUUGGCGUCGUCUCCUGGAAAAGGCCUCUCUCCCUCGUGGUCACCUUUUUCAUGCUGCUCUCCGCCGUGUGCGUGAUGCUGAACCUGGCCGGCUCCAUCCUCUCCUGCCAGAACGCUCAGCUCGUCAGCGCCCUGGGAGCCUGCCAGCUGAUUAAGUUUGACAGCGUGGAGGUGUGCAUCUGCUGUGAGACGCAGCACCGGGCGGCCGGCUGCAGCAACCUCGGGGAGACGCUGAAGCUGAACCCGCUGCGCGAGGACUGCAACGCCGUGCGGCUGACCCUCAAGGACCUGCUCUUCAGCGUGUGCGCCCUCAACGUGCUCUCUACCAUCGUGUGCGCCCUGGCCACCGCCAUGUGCUGCAUGCAGAUGGUCUCCACCGACAUCCUGCACCUGUUCCUUCCACACAGGGCGCAUUCCGCCAGCCCCGCCUGCCUGACCCCGCACGGCACCGUCCUCCACCAGACGCUGGACUUCGAGGAGUUCGUCCCCCCUCUGCCGCCGCCCCCCUACUACCCUCCCGAGUACAGCUGCACGCCCCCCGCCGAGGCCCACAGGGGCCUCCGCCUGGACUUGGCUCCCGCUCCAUUCGGCACCUUGUACGACGCGGCCAUCAACAGCCCCGGCCUGCUCUACCCCACGGAGCUGCCCCCGCCCUACGAGGCCGUGGUGGGCCCGGCCCCGCCCAGCCAGGUCCCGAGCACAGACCAGCAGGGGGCCCAGACCAGCUCCCGGGACCCGGACGCCUCUGCCGGCUUCUGCGCACAAGGGAAGGGGCUGGGGGAUGAGAUGUGCGGAGGGAAGGGCUGCAAGCACCGAGCCGGGGACGCGGGGCGACGAUGGCAGCCCCGGGAGCUGGCCGUCCUCCUCACGUGCCGGCACCGGCCGGGCUGGGCCUGGAGUGCGGCCCGAAUGCAGUUUUAUGUCCACGAAGGAGUGAGAUCGUACGGCUCAUAG